AGAAGACGCAAAGCACGCGCGCUUGCGCUGUCCCGAAUACUCAUUGGCGGAUCCAUAAUUACAAAUCGCACAUAGGCACGUCUCUUUAGCGCGUAAAGGAGCAUAUAUUCCGACAUUAGUCAAGAAAAGUUUAAAUAAAAAUGGGCAACAACUCAGCGAAAGUCGAGGUGGUCGAGGCCAAGCAAGUCUCGGAGAAGAAGCCUCUGAAGCCGUGCUGUGCUUGUCCCGAAACGAAGAAAGUCAGGGACGAAUGCAUCAUCACCAAGGGAGAGGCAGAGUGCGGACACCUCAUAGAGGCGCAUAAAGCAUGCAUGCGAUACUUGGGCUUCAAAAUUUAAAUAUCAAGGGACCGAAUCAAAGCAGCUGUGCUGACAGCAAGUGUGAAUGCUUUAAAAGUAUUACCAAAAACAAAAGGAACUCAGUACUUUAAAUACUAUUAAGUUUAUAAUCUCAUUAUGUUAGAUAAUGUAAAUAAAUGAGUUGAUAAGGGAUGCAAA